GGCCGUCGGUCUAUAAUAUGCCAGAGGGUUGCAGUCGUCGGGCCUGUUUUUCUAAGAUCGUGAUUGCGACACAGACAGUGUCGUGUUAAAGUAACGGGUAGUAAUAUUCAUAAAUAAUAUAUAUUGAUAGUAUAAUAUAUUAUCUAUGGUAAUAUUACUCUGUUAUCUACAUUCCCGAUAGAUAUUAUCUCAUAAGUCUUAAAUUAUUUGUUAUGUAUACAACAAAUUCAACAUUGAACAUAUAAGCUGGAAUACUUUUCCAAAAGCCGUUCUUUUGGCCUGAUGUUGUUAAUUUUUAUUGAAUUAUACUGUAUAUAAAUACUUAUAAAUAUUUAAACAUUCAAUGUAUUAAAUUAUCUUGUCUCAACCAGAAUUCUUAAAAAAAUAAUUUUAAGAUAUUUAUACUAAAUUUUAUUUAAGUACAAAUGAUUUGUUAAAAAAAAGUAUUAUGGUGAUGAUAUGAUACGUAAGUACUAUUUUAAAGCAGUUUCAAUUACUUAUGUGUAUAAUUCAUAAUAGCAUUAUUCAUAUGUAGGUGAAUAUUUAUAUUUAUAUUAAAAAUAAUAAAUUAAUACUUAUUUAGUGUAUGUAAAUUAGUCUACAUGUGUACAUAUAGCCUUAAUUUUCUCCACUACUACUGACUAAUUAAUUGAUUCUUGUGUGUAUGGGGGUGGUCUAGCAUCUCCUAUUAAUAAUAAAAAAUCGGGUGGAGGGGCAAUAUAAGAGUUUGAAAUGGUUGAAAAUGUAAUUAUUUAUUUCUUUACUAUAUGGUUUAUACUGUGGGACCGUUGUUAUAUUAUAUUCUAAAUUUAUAACAUAUACUCUAGCUUGUGUAUGAAGAAUGAUUAUGAUGGUUGCUAUUGUUUAUUGUUAAUAGUUAUUAGGAAUUCACGGAAGGAGAUACAUUUUUAUUUAUUUUUGUUCAAUAUUGUGGUCAGGUAAUGCUUUGUACGACUAGUUGUAUUUAACAUUUUUCAUAAUUUGGCCAUCUAUAUUGUAAAAUAAAAUAUAAUUUUUUUCAAGGGAUUGCCUAAUUUGCUGAACUGGGGUUAUGGAUUAUUUUAGCGCAACCAGCGAUUUUAUACAAGUGUUUCUGUUAAAAAUUACACUCAUUAUAACCCAGUUUGGUAUUUUGUUAACUUGCAGCGACAGUUCAGCAAUUUUGCUGAUCUGCUCUCAGGUCUGUAAAUCUUUAUCAGAAAUUAUGAAAAUUUCUAUGCAUGAUAAGUUCUAUCAUAUUGAAAUAGCCUGUUAGUUUCGAGUUCUAGUACAGUUCUAUCUACUAGUUAGCUAAAGUGGUCCGUGGCCCCAGUUCAGUAAAUUAGACCAAAAAUAAAAAAAUUAGUAGUCAUUAAUAUAUCCUAAGCAAUAAUUUCAAUUUUUCUAGGUAAUUAUCCAAUUGACUGGUUAUUAUUAUCAAUACCUAAGUACUUAACCUUACCUAAGCAGUCAAUGUUGAAAAUAUACUAGGCAAUAAACAUUAAUAUUGCUGUUUAGAUAUUUGUAUGCAUACCUAUACAUAAAAUAAUUAUGCAAUUAUUAGUAAGUAAACUUUAAAGAUUGGAAAAAGAUGAAUUUAUGCAACCAAAAUAUGUUAAAUGAUUAAAUUAUAAUUUAAAUAUAAAGUAGGGACUGUACUCAUUUAUUAACGUAUACUAAAUUUUUUUUUUUAAAUGGAAUUUUUGUGAAAUAUGUAAAAAUAUUGUUUGUAUGACAGUAUUUUAAAUAAAGUAUUUAUCUAAAGAACUAAGAGUAUUAAUUUACUUACAUCUCAAUUUCUCAAUUUAUUUUUUAUUUGUGAAAAUAUUAAUUUUGAGAUUAUUAUCUAUGUACAAUUAAGUUAUACUUAUAUUUAUUUAUUUAUUUAGGAAUCUUAAGUCGGCCUUCAAUAACUUUUAAUGGCGUUAACAUUUGGUGAUAAUGUUCAUACAAAAACUUUUACUCCCCAAGAAUAUCUUGUUGAACUCCUGAGUUCUGCUAAAAAAAAAAAUGUUAUUGUUUCAUUAAAUGAUACAACAGACAAGAUAUUUGUUAUUUUGAAACUCAUUCAAGAACUUGUUUAUACGAUUCCCAGGUUUGUAUUUAAUAUUUUUUAAUAUUUUCAAUUGAAAGAUGUAUUAAACUUUAUUUUUCUAUUACUUCUAGAACAUUUGGGAAAAGAAAAUGGACAUUACUUGUUUUAGAAGAAAUGGAAAUCGAAAAAUAUAUUUAUUGUAUCAAGCAUUUGACAGAUUUAAAGCCAAUAAUAAUAAAUUCAUUUGAAUGUUUGGAUAUUAAUAAUUAUGAGGUUUAGUAUCUCCUUAAUGAUCAAAUAUUUACCUACAAAUUGAGACUAUUUUAAUUUAAAGCUUUAUGUAGUUUCCUGUAUCUAAUACAGAUAAUAAUUACAGAAACUUAAUUUUAAAAACCGUCUUUCUUUUUAGAAAAUUAGUAUUAAAUAAAUUUAUGGAAAAUAAUAAUAUGUAUUUUAUUUUGUACAAAUUAUUAUUAUCAUUACAUUGACUGUCAAUGUUGAUUAUUUAUAGUCUAGAUUAAUAUUUAAAACAUAUUGAAUACAAUUUUGAUUACUUAUGAUAAAUCUAUAUUAUUUUUAUUAACUUUAAUAAAUCAAAGAUCUGAAAUUUUCAACAUAGCUAACAAAUAGAGGCCGACAAGACUUAAAAGCUGAGAUUUUAAACUUCAAUUUUUAUAUGGGUGCUCAAAACUUUGGAAUUUUGGACCUAUUUUGGGUUACAAAAAAUUUAUUUGAGAUACAGUUGUUAUUAUUUAAUUUGGUUAUCACACCUGGAAGUGUAUCAUUCAAACUAGAGGUACAUAUGAAUUAUAAUCUGGAAAAGAUAGUUUGGGGAUAACAAUAAGAGAUUUACAAUUGGAGGUAGGAUGAAAGAAAUAUGUACAAUUUAAUUUAUUUUAAUUGAAUUUAAAAUUCUUAACCAGGUUAGAGGACAGAAAAUAUUUAAAAAUCAAAAACCUUAAUUGAGAAUUGUUCAUCGAAUGAAAUCAUUUAUAAUAAACUCAAAGUCAUAGUGAAUAAAAGCAAUGUAAUAACUAAUGUAUAAAACUUUGAACUUUUAAUCUCUGUAUUUAAUAUUUAAUUAAAAUCAAAGAACUACAAAUUGUUUAUGGUUAAUAUUCAAUAAAUUAGUACUAAAAUUAUAAUCCUCUGUGCCUAAUAAGUAUUACAACUUGUAACAUAAUAGUUUGUUGUGAAUAUUUUUAGGUUAUUGUUGUCACUGAAAAAGUAUGUUUGGAAAUGUUUGAAAAAAAUUAUUUACAACUCAGUCAACUGAAUUUAGCCAUUUUUAAUAACUGCCAUAACAUAAUCCAUCAAAAUAGUUCUUAUUUCAAGGUAUUUUUAUUAUUAUUAUUAAUUUUAUAUAUUAAAAUAUAAAACAUCUCAAUAUAGCAGAUAUCAAUAAUUUUAAUUGUGCUUAUUAUUUAGAGAACUUAUUUGAUACAUGUAUGCACAUUGUACAAGGAGCAUCAUUUGAAAAUUAGGAACUAUUCAAUGUUAUUUAUAUUAUCGUCUCACAAAUUAUACAUAUGAGAGCGGACAAUGAUUUGGUUGACAGAGCUCUUAGAUUUCACCAAAUAAUACAAUUUUGUUAUUCAAAUGUAAUACACUUACAUUUUUACUUUUAUAGAUUUUGUUUUUUGACAUCUGCUAUUACGAGAUUUCCAUUAUUAGAUAUUGUUAAAUGCAGAUUUUAUUAUUUAACCUAUCUAUGUAUAUAAGUUACAUCCAUUUAAUGUAAAAUUGUCAUGGCUCUAUGUAUACAAGUUUUCCAUUUUUUAUGUUACAUCAAAUAUUGUCCAUGAUACUAAUGGAAAUUAAAAAUAUCAACUCCAAAAUGUAUUUAAACUUUUUAUCAAAUUUUUAAUAAAAGUUACUAUUUGAAAAUCAAAAGUAAGUAAAGAAAUAAUGAUACUGCAAUAUUUUAGAAUAUAUGAUUUGAAUAGUUUCUAAAUUAGUUAUUUUUUUAAAAAAAAAUAUUCAUGGAAAAUUAAACUGUAACGUGAAAUUUUGAAAACCCUGUUUAUGUCGCACUUAUUUAGUGUAAACUUGUCAUUGAUCUACAUAUAUACACUUUAUUAACGAUAAUAGUGUUAUGUCUAUUUAAAUUUGUAGAGAAAUAUUCUCUAUUUUAAUCUUUAUUCAAAAGGAAUGUGGCUAUUUAAUAAUUCAAAGUAUAUAUUCUUAAGUUUUCUAUUUAUUUUGUAUGAUUUUUAUAUAUUUACAAAUUUAAACUAAUAAUAAGUACUUAACAUAAACUUUUUUAAUGGUUUUUACAAGUGCUUCUUUUCUUCAUAUGUGUGGGGGUGUAAUAUUUGCCAUUACCGGUAGCCAUUGGAGUGGUGUAGACUUGACAGUUCCACUUAUAAUUCUCAUAUCACUAUUAAGCUGCAUAUCCACUUUCUUCACAUGUGCUGCUCUUAUACCAAAUUUGGGAUCCAUAUUCUGCUGUACCUAUAAAUUAGGCCCAAAAAAUGUAUCCUCAAAGUCUUAGCAUUGGUGCUCUAACCAGUACCUGUUAACAUAUUAAGCUAAUACGGGACCUUAAUUUUUACUCUGGCUAGUCAGGUACUCUUUGAACAUAAUCGCACAAUCGAGUGUUAUACCCAAGUAUUUAGUAAAGAAAUGAUGGUUUACUCUUCAUUAUUUAUUCCAUUAAACUCUACCUCAAGUUUAUCCUUAACCUGUCUGUUGUGAUGGAACACAAAUACUUCGGUCUUUGCUGGAUUUGACUUUAAACUCCAUUUAUGGAAAUAGGUAUUCAUUAUAAAAAAAGACGUCCUUGGAUAAUGGGGAAGGGUGCAGCCACUGUUAUAGGUAAUUUAAUGUAUACCUGUAAGCAACAAUAUAAAACCAUUGUUUACAAAAAAAAUGAUUCUGAAUGAAUUUCAGUUGAUAGUGUUGCUUUGUCAACAAUAUAUUAUAUUAGGGUAGUCCUUAUUUUUGAACAUUAUUAUUUUUAAAGACCAAUCCCCUCUAUUUUGUUCUUAAUUGUGUAAAAGUAAUCUGUGUGAAAUUCAGUCAUAAUAACUCACCCUUUCCCGUGCCCAAGAGGGUUGGAAAUGAGGAAAUAGGAGAGUUUUGUGGUUUUUCAUAAAUAAUUCAAUAACUAUAUCACUGGUCAUAAAAUGAUUGUUGAUACAUCGAAAAAUUUAAACAUUUUUAUUUAGAAAUGUCAUCUGCCGGUAUUCGAUAUGUUUGAAAAAUGGUCUUUACUUGUCAAAGUUUAAAAAUUAAACAGCCUGGUGGCUGGUACGUACCAUCUAGUGAGAUAGAUGACUAAAGGGAUUCAUUAUUUGAAGAUAUUUUUUUUAAGAUCAGAAUUUAAAGUGGAAAUUAUAAUUAACAAUCUCCAAACUUAUUUCAAAGAUUCGAGUUAAAUAUGAAAUCUUUGGAAAUGGAUCCAACUGAAUGGAGAAGAAUUAUACCUUCUAUCAAAAACAAAAAAUAAAAACCAAAAGUAAUUUAUAUUACCAGUUAUUUAAAAAACUGUUUUACAGUUCCUAAAUCAAAAUAUUUAAUGUUUUUCAAUGUAGUUAAUUGUCUUUAAUUGCCUUAGGUUAUGUACAAAUAAAAAAUAACCUAUCCAGGAUGCCUGAAACAGUUUUUAAAGAAUCCAUUUUUAUUGCAAACAAAUUCAAGUUUAAAUAAAAAAACAAAACAUCAAAUUCAUUUUUUUUCCAAUGAGAUAAUAUUAAAGUGAUAAUAUAUCCAUUAUCUACUAAUAUAUCAACAUAAAUCCUAGUGUAACAUUAAAUCAGUAGUUCUAAAUAAGUUUUUAUUAAUGACCUUUUUUUUUUUUAAGAAAUUAAAUUCUGUAUAAUUUUUAUAUUUAAUAUUGUUUCAUAUCUUUAGCCAUUUGAAAAAUACAAUUAAAUAACUUUAAAAAAAUAGGUUUUACUAAAUAUGUGAAAUAUUUUGUAUUUUAUAAUUUUUCUUGGGAAAAACAAAUUGUACAGUAAAUUAUAUAAUAAUAAAUUAUAUAUACAUCAAGAAGAUCUACCAAAAAGUCUCGUAUCAUUUUAUGAUCAGUGAUAUAGUUAUUGAAUUAUUUACGAAAAACCACAAAAUUAUGCUAUUUCCUCAUUUGGUUGAAAAUGAGGAAAUCUUGUGCUCUUGGGGCAUGGGAAGGGGUGAGUUAUUAUAACCGAAUUUCACACAGAUUACUUUUAUAUAAGGAACAAAAUAGGGGGGAGUAAUCAGUAUUUAAAAAUAAUAAUGUUCAAAAAUAAGGACCACCUUAACAUAUAUGCCAUAUUAUUGUAAAAUAAUAGGCUCUAUAUAUUUUUUUUCAAUACUAUUUGUUUAAUGUUGUACUGAUUUGCCCAAUUUUUCUAGUAUUUCACAUUUGUGGAGAAAACUCCGUGGAAAAUAGAAAUACGACCUCUCUAAAGUACCUCCCCAGUGAAAUUUUAUUUCAGAAAUAUUGUUAUCAUUAAAAGUUGGAGCAAAAUUGAUUGUAGAAAAGUUGUCCACAGAAGAAAAAAAAAAUCGUAAUAUUACAUUUAUUAUAUUACAUACAUUUUCUGGGUUUUUUUUUUUCAGUUUUUCGCAUUUGAUGAGAAAAAUUGAAAAAAUUCUAAGGUACCUCUUACACCGAUUUCCUUUAAAAAAGUUGCUAUAUGUAAAAAUCAAAACAAGUCCUCUGGUAGAAAAAUGUCCACAGAAAAAAUAAAUAAAUAAACAUUUUUGUAGAACCAUAAGCUUCUUCGCUCCACUCAGAAUCAUUCUGUAUACUAUUAUGCACAAUAUAUAUUCACUAUACCUUCAUAACUCUCUUCAGAACUUGAUUUUUCUCUCAGUAAUGAUUAUAAUGAUUACAUAAAACACUUAAUAGCAGUUAUAUGUAUUAGUGACUCUACCCCCUUUUUAAGUGGAUCACGGCCCCUUAGUGGAGAAUAACCCUUGUAGAAGAUAAAAAUAAAUAAAUGAUCUGGCAAUUAGAGUUAAGUCUUCUUUUUCUUCACCAUCAUCCUAACUAUUUAGGGUCAACCAUCUUCAUUAUAAACUUCCAAUUAACCAGGUAUCUCACUAUAUCUUUUUCAGUCUUCCUCUCCACCUCUAGUACUAUAUAAGAAUAAUUUUUCAGUUUUGUGAUUUUUAUUACAGAUUUGUAAUUAUAUCAAACCAGAUGGCAAUUGUAGAAUUGUUGGUAUUGUAAACCCAUUAUUUGAAACUGAUUGUGAUCCUUUACUUAUUGAAAAACAAUUGAAAAUAAUAUCAAAUAAAUUGUUUUCAUCUAUUGAGACUACUAGUGAUAUUGUUUCUAUAUUACGUCAUUGUUGUAAGCCAAAAGAAAUUUUAAUUGAAUGCGCCUUGCAAAAAGAUUAUUCUAUUAACAUUACAAAUAUUGUACAUCGGUUAAGAACUUUUUUAAUCAACCAUAAAUAUGAUCCUGCCACUAUAUAUGAAGAUUUUGGUGAAGAAUUAAAACAAAUGCCGAAUCCUGAAAUUGAACCUUUACAAGUGAUAGCUGAUUUUUUAGAGAUUUUAAAAACAAUGGGUCCAUAUUGUGCAGAUAAAGCUGCUUUAUCAUUAAUAUUCUUAGUGGAAAAAUGUAAAAUGAAAAUACCAUAUGAAAGACACUACACGUUGCUUUGUAAUAUUUCUACAUUAUUGAUUCAAAUAAGAUCAAUUUUUGAAGAUAUUUUCCAUGGUUACACUAUGGAAGAUAAGAUUUUAAAAUUUUGCUCUCCUCGUGUGCUGCGCAUGAUUGAUAUUCUUAAACAGUUUAAACCGAAAUCAUAUAAAGCUGAUGAUAAUAUUAAUACAUAUGAUGUUGAUCAAAAAGAAAGAAAAAACGUGUUUAUUAAAUCUAAAUUGGCUAAACGUAAUUGGAAAUUAGCUAGAAGAUAUGGAACACAUAAAAAACAAUUACGUACAAGAGAUUCGUAUGAAGAAAAUAUUUGUGCAAUCAUUUUUGUAAAGAAUAAAAUAACUGCAUCCAUUUUAUAUUAUUUAUUCUUAGUAAGCAUUAAUAUUUUAUUAAUAAAUAAAAGUAGACAUAUUUAAAAAUGUGUAUAUAUAUUUGUUUUGAACUUAUACUAAUGAAUUUCUUAUUAAAAUUCUCAUUAAGGAUUUGAAAAAUAGUGACAAAGAAAAAUUUGGCUGGAUUCAACCACAAUAUACAGUAGAUAAAGAAGCAGACCAAAUAACCGAACAAAAAGAAUAUGAAAUUGAACAUAAGAAACAAGAAGAAACAUUAAGAAGGUAUCAGUUUAUUUAAAUAAAUUAUAUAUUUAAAUUUUGUUCCUUUGUUAUAUUAUUUAGCUUCAUGAUAGUUUUUUUAUUAUUAUUAUAAUUUAUUCACUGUAAAAAAUAUUAACUAUUAUAUAUAAAUAUUUCCUACUGGUGUUUUAGUGAUUGUUAACAUUAAAAUCACAUAAAGAAUAGUAAAAGAUACAUUUAACAAGGUUGUGUAACUUUUUAAUUCUUUAAUUAAAAAAAAAAUGUGUACAAUUUUUAACUCACAUUUAUCUUAGCUAACUGAGCUCAGUUUAGAAUUGAGUUUUGUUCGCAUAUAGUAAAUAAACUAAUUAAUCUAGAUUUUCUACCUUCCCAACUUUCAAGUUCCAAUCUACAAUAGUGCCUAUUUUAUUUAUUUUUUAACUAUCUUACCUAAAACAUUUUAUAAACUUCAAAGUUGUUUGUCCAGUAAAAUGUCUUAUUACUUUAGGUUUCGACAAAGAGAAUGUAAUGUCCUUAUUGGAACUAAAGUAUUAGAAGAAGGAAUUGAUUUACCUCGAUGUAAUUUAGUAAUAAGUUAUAAUAUACCAUUGUCAUACAAAUCAUAUCUAAGGUCUAAAAGUAAAGCAAAAACAUUGGAUGCUUAUUAUGUGUUAAUGUUUGAUGAAAAAAAUACUUCAAAUAUUUUAUCUCGUUUGAAAUUGUAUAAGGAAAUUAGCCAAGUAAGAUUAAACUAAGUAUUUUUUUAUUUAUUUUAUGAUAAUGUUUAAAAGAAAAAAAAAUCUUUUUUUUGUUCACAAGAUGUUAUUAAAUCAUUGUACCUUAAAAGAUAUCAACAUUGAAGAAGAAAAUUAUGCUGAUAGAUAUAAUUGGUGCGUUAAACCCUUCAGACCUGGGAAGAAAGAAGACUCAGCAUUUGUAGACAUGUCGACAGCAAUUGGUCUUGUAAACAGGUUAUAGAUAUAUUUUUUGUACCUUAUUUUUCUUGUACUUGUAAUUUUAUUUAUUUUAUAUUUGUGUACAAACAUUUUAUACUUAUAAACCAAUAAAUAAUCACAAAAACAUGUAUAAAGGGAAAUCAGCAUUUAAAUUGUAAUUCAAAUUUAAUUAUAAUAAUGGAAUGAUGACCGUAUUGUUCCAAAAAAUACUAAUUAUUUCGAAAUUAUUAGAUAUAAAAUAAAAAUAUAUAUAAUACAUUCACUAAAAUUUUAAAUUUUGUCCACCAUUUGUAGGUUGUUUGGUAUUCAAAGGAGGCAAAAAUUGUGCAUUUCGUAGAUUAAUUAAUAACUGUUUAUAACAUUUAUUCAACAUAAUAAUGAUAUAAUUAAUUAUUUAAUAUUAUUUUAAUAUAUUUGUAUUAUUAUUUAAAAUUAUUCAUAUAUUUAUUAUUUAAAAAUGUAUGAAAAGUUUAAAAAAAAAAAAUCCGUUACUUAAGAUUGUUUAAUACUUUUAGGCAAAGUAAUUUAGUGCAUUAAAAUAUUUUCUGAUUCGGCAGUGCUGGAUAAAAAUGAAAUUUCAAUGACUGACAGCUAAGAUAAAUUCAACUGAGGGUAUAAGUAAUAAAAUAUACCUUUGAGUGUAGACUUUUAUCUAGACAUUCCACAAUUAUUCUUAUUUUAAGAUAAAAAUUAUUAAAAUUAAAAGUUAAACUGCCAUAUAAGGAUCUAUUUAGUGUAUUUAAAUGUUCUUUUUAUAGAUAAAUAGUGAAAAUGUCCUCAUUACCAAAAAAAUGUCCUUUAUUUGGAGGUAUCUGCUAUUUAGAGGUGUCCAUUAAGAGAGCUUUCACUGCAAUUAAAAAAUAAAUUUUAAAUUUAAAUUGUAAAUACAAUUAAAAAAAAAAGCUUUAGUGUGUAAAUUGUAUUUAUAGUUUUGUGUCUAGCAAUAUACAUCUUUUCAAUACACAUUUUUUAAUGUGAUAAUUACUUAUUGUAACAAAUAUACUGACCACGUGAUACAUUAUACAUCAUAUUUGGGACUUCAUUCAAACCAUAGAAGGUUGUUAAGCAAAGCAAAUAGUUAGGUACCUUUGUUGUAUAUUAAAAAAAUAUGAAUAUUAAGUAUAAUCUUUCAAUAGUUUAUUUAAUAUGAAAAUAAAUAAAUACAUUUUUUAAUUUAGAUUUUAUUUAACAAAUAACAAAAAUAAAUCUAGUUACAGUAAAGUUCGAAAUUAUUAAACUUUAAACAAUUUUUUUUUUAAUUUGCGGCCCAUUUUAGUGUAAUAUGACUAUGUAACUUUAUUAAUACUAUUUCAGGUACUGUGCAAAAUUACCUAGUGACACUUUUACAAAAUUAUCUCCAAUUUGGACAAUGCAAUCAGUUGUGUAUGAAAAUCAACCAAUGUUUGUAUGUAGUAUUCGACUUCCAAUCAAUUCGCCAAUAAAACAUUAUAUACAUGUAAGUUCAAUGUAGAAAUUGAUAACAAACUUAUAAAUUAGGUUCUUCAAUAUUAUGUAUUUAUAUCAUUUAAUAAUGAAAUUAAUAAUUUAAAAUGAAAAUCAAUAAAAUUGUGUAAUUUAUUUUAGGUCUUCCAUAUUUGCAUUAAAUUUUUUGAAAGUUUUAUUAUAUUAAAUCAAUAAAGACUUAAUUACAAUAAUGUUAUGUAUGUACUCAAAAAUCAUGAGAAAAUAUACACAACAACUCUAUAAAUAAUUUUGUAAAUAAGUAAAAAUAUAAAACGUGUAAAUGCAUUAAUUUUAGAUUCUUUUUAUAUAUUCUUGCUUAUUAGUAAACAAAAAAAUAAGAUUUGUUAAACUCUGUAAAUGUAGUUAAUUCAAAAAUGGAUACUAUUUUUGUCUUUUAAAUUCUAGGGAAAUAAAAAUUACCCUGAUGAACAAAGUUAAUAUUGCUUAAUUAUUAUUUAGUUUGAUUGAUAUUUUAAUUUUUGUUGAGAGGGUCAUCCAAUGCCAAGUGAAGUUUUAGCUAAAAGAAUAGCUGCACUAGAAGUUUGUCGACAACUACAUUCUCGCGGUGAAUUAGAUGAUACUCUUCAACCUAUUACAAAAGAAUCAUUUCAUGCUUUAUUCAAUGCUGAUGAAGUUCCUCCAGAUGCUGAGGAUGCAUUAAUACCAUGGGACACUGAAGAUCCUAGACCCGGAACAAAUAAACGUCGCCAGUAUUAUUAUAAAAGAGUAUGAUUUAAAUAUUUAAUUUUAAGUUUUGUUUUGUUUUUUUUGUAAAUAUAAUAUAAAUUUCUUUGGUAGAUAGCUGAGGCACUAAAUGAUUGUAGACCAGUUGAAGGCAAGUCUUGUCAUUUCUAUGCUAUAUUGUUAAACAUGAAUUGUCCUGUUCCUGAAGAACAAAAUACAAGAGGUCGAAGAAUUCAUUCACCUGAAGAGUCCAUCCAUGGCUUUGGUAUACUUACAACAAAACACAUUCCAAGUGUAAGUUAAUAUUUAUGAAAUAUUAUAUCAUGAUGAAUACACAUGAAAAUUUAAUUACAAAUUAGGUUCCUCCAUUUCCUAUUUAUACUCGAUGUGGUGAAGUAUAUGUAAGUGUAAAGCAAAUUAAAACAAACUUAUUACUAACAAAACAACAAUUGGAAAAUAUAGCCAUAUUUUUAAAUUAUACAUUUAGCAAUGUACUACGUUUGCAGAAAUGUCACGUAGUAUUUGAUCCAACUACUACACACAAUUGUUAUUAUAUUGUGCCUACCCUAAGAGGUAUAAAUUUGUAAAUUACUAAUGCCAACAUGUUUUAUAAUAAUUUAAUAUUUUUCAGAUGAAAAUGGAUCAAUAAAUAUUGAUUGGAAUUUCCUAGAUAAUAUGCAUAAAAGUAAAGAAAAUAAAAUAAGUGUUAUAUCUAAUGAAGAUAGAAAACAUUUCCAUCCUGAUAUUGAAAUCUUAAAAGACGCAGUUGUUACACCUUGGUAUAGAAAUAGAGAACAACCUCAGGUAUUAUUAUUAAAAUGUUUUUAUUAAUUUAUCAUUUAUGAAUUUUGUGUUUAUUUUCAGUAUUUUUAUGUAGCUGAAAUUUGUAAUCAUUUAAAUCCGAAAUCACCUUUUCCUGGCUCUUUAGAAAAUUACAAAACUUUCGAAGAUUAUUAUUAUCUUAAAUAUAAUCUUAACAUCCAAAAUCUUGAACAACCACUUUUGGAUGUUGAUCAUACUUCAGCUAGACUAAAUUUUCUCACUCCAAGGUUUGUUAUCAUAAAUAAAACUCUUACAUUUUUUUAUUAAAAUAUAUUUACAGAUACAUGAAUCGUAAAGGUGUAAUUUUACCAACGAGUAGUGAAUCAACUAAAAAAGCUAAACGGAAUAAUUUAAGUCAAAAACAAAUUCUUGUCCCAGAACUUUGCAAUAUACAUCUAUUUCCAGCAUCAAUGUGGCGUAAAGCUGUUUCUUUGCCAUGUAUAUUGUAUCGAAUCAAUGCUUUAUUAUUAGCUGAUGAAAUUCGUACUAUUGUUGCUAAGGAUAUAUCUUUAGGAUCGCUUAACUUAGGUUUUGGUAUGGAUAGUUAAAUAAAUAAAUAAAUAUAUAUAUAUAUGUUUUCAUUAAUUAUUUUUAAAAUUGUAUAGAUCACAGUUGGGAACCUUUAGAUUUUGGCUGGACUAUGAAAGAAGUGAUGAAAAAAAGAAAAGAACAAAAAGACAGUAAUAUUAUACAAAUUAUUAAGCCACUUGAAACUAUUGAGUUGUCUGUAAAGGAAGAAAUAAAAGAAGGAGAAGGAGAAGGAGAAGAAGAAGGAGAAGAAGAAGAAGAAGUAUACAAAUCGAAUGACCCUAAUUGGAUGGAUAUUGGUACAUGGUCUAAUGAUAUGGCUGAUUCAACAAUGAAUAAUAUUGAGAAUAAUAUAACAAAAGAAAGAUAUUCAUCUCCAACUGAUUGGAUGGUACAAAGUGACAAUGAAUCAAGUACAUUUAGUGAUAUUGAAUCAGAUAAUGAAAUUCAAGAAGAUGGCUCAAAUGGUUUGCAUAUUGAAUACAGAAAUACUUAUUUAGCUGAAGCCUUUGAUGAAAAAGAAUGCAAACCAAAUAAAUUAUCCAUGUUUAAAAAUACUAUUCAAUCGUGGUCAUGGCACAAUAAUUUUGAUGUUGUAACUGAGUAUAACUCAAGUGAAGUAGAUACAACACUAUUAAAGUUAUUUUACAAAAAUGAUGAAAUUAUAAUUCAACGAAUAGCAAAACACAAUACCAAUAAUGAAAAUAUUGAUAGCUCAUUUUUAUUAAAAUUACCAUGGGAAUUAAAUUCAGAUAUUGGUUAUGGCCUUCCUGAUAUCAAUAUUUUAUCAAAAAAUAUUUUAUUGCAGUCCACCAACACAAAAAUUACAAAAAAUGAAGUACACCUUAAUAGUAAAGAAAAUUAUAUCAAUAAUGAUGUUAAUGAUCCAAAGGAAACAUUUAGUUUUGAUUUUCAGCCAGAUUUAAAAAAUCAUCCAGGACCAAGUCCAAGUGUUUUACUUCAAGCAUUGACAAUGUCAAAUGCAAAUGAUGGUAUUAAUUUGGAACGAUUAGAAACAAUUGGAGAUUCCUUCUUAAAAUAUGCUAUUACUGCUUACUUAUAUUGUACACAUACUAUUGUACACGAAGGAAAACUAAGUCAUCUUAGAUCAAAACAAGUUAGUAAUUUGAAUUUGUACCGUCUGGGCAAAUUAAAAAUGUUUGGUGAACGUAUGAUAUCUUCUAAAUUUGAACCGCAUGAUAAUUGGCUUCCGCCAUGUUAUUUUGUUCCACAUAAGUUAGAAAAAGCUCUUAUUGAAGCUUGUAUACCCACCACUAUGUGGAAUAUGAUUACACUUUCGACUUUUAAGGAGCCUACUGAUAAGGAAAUUGAAGAAGCUAUCCAACAGUUUAAAGUUGGUUUUUCAACAGGUACCAAAGAAAAUACUCCUGUAUUUGUACCUUAUAACCUUGUCACUCAACAUAGUAUCCCUGAUAAAAGUAUUGCUGAUUGUGUAGAAGCUUUAAUUGGUAAAGUACAUAUAAUUUUUAAUAUUUUCUUUAAAAUAAUAUAGUUGUUUUUUUAGGUGCAUAUUUGAUAAGUUGUGGUGCACGUGGAGCAUUGCUAUUUAUGUCUUGGCUAGGAAUUAAAGUAUUGCCCAUUCUUGAAAAUUCUAAACUUGGUUACUUAAUACCUCCUCCUUCCCCUCUUUUGCGUAAUAUACCUAACCCUGAAGAUGAGUUGAAAAAAUUAAUGGCUGGAUUUGAAUCUUUUGAACAGCAUUUAGGAUACUAUUUCCGAGAUCGUAGUUAUUUACUACAGGCAAUGACUCACGCAUCAUAUUAUCCCAAUCAUUUAACUGAUUGUUACCAACGAUUAGAAUUUCUGGGUGAUGCAGUUUUAGGUAAAUAAAUAAAUUAUAUUAAUAAUUUUUUAUUUUAAAGUGAUAUUUUAAAUUUCAGAUUAUUUGAUUACAAGACACUUGUAUGAAGACAAAAGACAACACUCACCAGGUGCUUUGACAGACCUUCGGUCAGCACUUGUUAAUAAUACAAUCUUUGCCUCACUUGCCGUUAGAAAUGGUUUCCAUAAAUAUUUCAAACAUCUAUCUCCUGGUUUGUCUGAAGUAGUUAGUAGAUUUGUUACGAUACAAGAAGAAAAUGGUCAUACUAUUGAUGAAGAGGUAUAUUAUAUAUAUUAUUUAACAAUAUGUAUUUCAUUUCCUUUUUCUAUUUUAGUUUUAUUUUAUGGGAGAAGAUGAAUGUGAAGAAGCAGAAGAUAUUGAAGUUCCAAAAGCACUAGGUGAUGUUUUUGAAUCAGUUGCUGGAGCAAUUUAUUUGGACAGUAACAUGUCAUUGGAUACAGUAUGGAAAGUUUAUCACAAAAUAAUGGAAAAUGAAAUGGGUGUGUAUAGUAUUUAUAAAUUGAUCUAAAGCGGACAAUAACUCAAAUUAUGAACUGUGUUAAAAGAAAUCUAAAUAAAAGUAUGCAGACCAUUUUAAAAUAUUAAGAGUUUACUAGGGACUUGCAUCAAUAUUAAAUUUCCAACUGUAGUUCAGUGGUAUGAUUAAAUUCUUAAAAUGUAUGUAUUUUGUAGAACAAUUCAGUACACAUGUUCCAAAAUCUCCAAUUAGAGAACUUCUAGAAUUAGAACCAGAAACUGCUAAAUUUAGGUGAGUAAAGUUUUAAAGAUAAUAUGUAGCAGUUUUAAACAUAAUUCUUAGACAUUACUAAACAUUUGAGCUUAUUUGAAGUUAAUACUUUUUUAUUGUCAUUUCCAUGUUCAGUAAGCCCGAAAAACUUGCAGAUGGCAAACGGGUACGUGUUGUGGUUGAAAUUUUUGGCAAAGGAGAGUUUAAAGGUAUUGGACGUAAUUAUAGAAUUGCAAAAUGCACAGCAGCUAAAUGCGCUUUAAAACAACUAAAAAAAAAGAUAAAAAAAUGAAACAAUAAUUUAUACAUAUAAGUAAUAGGUAAAAUGUAUAUAAAUAUUUAUAUACAGGAUACAUUAUGAUUAAAUAUCAUUUUAAAAUAAUUAUUGUAUACUUGCUUUUUAUGUAACAAAUAAAAGUAUUAAUAUUAUUUCUUUUUAUUGAUAUAUGUAUAAUUUAUUUUAACUUAAAAUUAGAAAGUGAAAGUAUACAAGAAGUAGUUCUAGAAUACAUUCACUUAUACUGUUUGAUGUUAUGUAAAUUAUACAUUUUAGAGAUGUCUUGGUGUAGUUGCAUUUAAAUUACA